CUUGAGUCAGCCACAUGGAACACAAAUUUGGAGACACAAAUCGACUCACAGGGCAUUGGGAAGAAGGGCACAGGCAGAAAGUCAAGUGAAGAGAAACUUCUUCAGAUAUGAGCUGUUUUCUCCAUACAGUUUUUUAGUUACUUUCCCAAUAAUUUGUUUUAAAUUUAUUUUACUGCUAACCUUUUAAGUAAUUAAGGUGUUUUUGGUUUUUUUUUUCCUAAUAUCUUCAAUAAUGAAACUGAGUGUGGGGAUAUUUUUUGGAGGCUUCUUUGCAGCUCUGGGAGUUUUGCUCUUUUUGGUGGCAUUUGGAACAGAUUAUUGGCUUCUUGCUACAGAAAUAGGAACUUGUUCAGAAGCACCUGAAGAUGCUGGGGGAGAGAAGGCCACUUUCCAUCAUGAAGGUUUCUUCUGGAGGUGCUGGUUUAGUGGAAAUGUAGGAGAUAAUAAUGGCAGCAUGUGGAAGUUUUGGUAUACCAACCAGUCACCUUCUAAGAAUUGUACACAUGCUUACCUGUCCCCAUUUCCUCUUCUCCGAGAUGAACACAACUCCACCUCCUAUGACUCUGCAAUCAUUUAUCGAGGUUUCUGGACAGUUCUGAUGCUCCUGGGAGUACUCACUGUUGUGGCGGCUAGUUUCCUCAUCAUCUGUGCAGCUCCUUUUGCCAGUCACAUUUUAUACAAAGCAGGAGGAGGCUUUUUCAUAAUUGCUGGUGUCUUGUUUUCGCUGGUAGUCGUGAUGUAUGUCAUCUGGGUCCAGGCCAUGGCUGAUCUGGAAAACUACACAAACAUGAAAAAAAUGGAUUGCCCAGACUUUGCUGUUUAUGUACGUUAUGGCUGGUCAUUUAUGUUGGCUCCUAUAGGAGUAUUUUUUGCUUUAUUAGCAGGAAUGCUGUUCUUGUUGGUAGGGCGUGACAUUUAUUUACACUCAGACUAGUCAGACACUGCUGAAGGGAAUACAGCAAUACUUGUGAAACUUUGUGACAAGUGUAAACUGGAACACAAUUUUGUACAUUAUUACCAUUAUGGCAAUUUAAAUGUGCAGGCAGACUUCUGGAAGUUCUUCUAUUACUUGUUUAAGGGUAAGGGACACAAAACUCAGUACAGGAAGAAAUGACAUUUAGUCCCCACUAGUUGUUUUUAAUUCUUUAGAAAGUACACGUGGUUCUUCACAUUGUACUAUUAGCAGCAUUUUUGUAUAUUAACAAACAGAAGAAGACAAAUUUUUUCUGCAAGUAAAACAUGAACAUGAAUUGUCUCAAAUCAACAUUUUAUACAUUUAUCUUUUAGCAUUUACACUGUUCUUCUGUUUGUAGAGAAUGGCACAAGGUAGAGGAGAAGGCAAACAUUCAAACACAGUAAUUCAAUCUACCUCCUCUCCUGUUUUCCUCUACUUGCCUUAGCUUUAAUGACAGCAAACAUGUCUGCACUUUAUAAAAAUAGAGCGCAGUUGUUCAUGCAGCAUCCAUAGGAAGAGGAUGAGAGAGAAGACAAUUGCCAUGAAUGUGUAAAAGCUUAACUGUUCUAUUACCCAUUUCUCUUCUCUGUAUGCAUUUGAAAGCUGUAUACUUCUGUAUUCUGAAAUCCAUGUGUUGUAUGAUUCUGUAAGCCAAAAUGCCAUAGUAGAAUCACUAUCUGAAGUUACGCCAAAAUUGUAUUUUGAAUUAUAGCAUUAAUAUUUGAAUUAAGUUUUAACCCUUUUAUUUUUCAGUGGAACAACUGGCUCCUCUAAAAACUAUUUUCAUGGUUGUGUAAAAUUAAUUUUUUAUUAAAAAAGGAUUAUUAUAAAGAUAAUAUUUAGGACAUGAAAA